CGGCGGUGGACGAGAGCAGCCGAGCGCGGACGGCGACGACGGGGGAUUAUCGUACGUUUUUGGGUGUGACGGACGUGUCUACGUUACGGAGUGCGCACUUACGGAACCGGCGAAUCGCACGGAGUGGCUGUUGCGUCGAGACGGCUCCUGGAAGGGCCAGGCCCAGGCGAGCAUUGUUCGCGAGAGCCCGCGGCGCUAUCCCACGAGAGAGCAUGCCGAGCCCGGCCACGAAGAGGUGCGCAAUUUCGUCUUGUGAUAAACGAUGGAAGUGAAUGAACAGUAACAUGAGAGAGACUGUGGAAACGACGUAACUCUUUAUGUGGCCAUGGAGGAUGGCAGGCCAGUGAUAAACUAUUUACUAGAAUAAGAAACGAUAACAGAAAUUAACGAUAAGAAAAAAAUAGUCAAGUGAAAACAGUCAACGGUAAAGGAGGCAGGACAAGAACCGUAGUAAUGGAUGAAUGGGAGUGAGCGCGGCGCACGGGAAGCGCAGGAGCGGCGGGCGCGCACUUUGCGGCACGUCGUGGGAGCCUCUGGAUGUGGAGGCCGCGACACUGGCAGCGUCGGUGGCAGUGAUGGCCCCUGCUCUGACGGAAGGUGGUCCUCAAAAGCAUGAAAACGUGCUCCCUACUUUACCAGCGCCCGCCAGCGGAUUUCUGUCCGGCGAGCAGGCCACGCAGGUCUGCCAGAAUCGUGAGAUAUUAACAAAGUUUGUGGUUCCAGCUAACGUACAGCCAUCAAAGAUCGACGAGCAGUAUUUGUGCGGUGUCUCGAAGGACCUGAUACGCGAUGUUAUUAACUCGAAAUACGCUAAUGACUUCGACUUGCUAUCCGCGUUUGCCGAUGUGCCCGACCUGAUUGACUCGACAAACGGUGCGGCGAGCUUGCAACAGCAAGCGGCGGCGGCAGCGUCGGCGUCGGCGGCGUCGGCGGCGGCGGCGACGACGGAAAAGCAAAAGGACUUUGAGCGACCGGUCGCGCUGCCGGACGCCGGUAACGCUGAGAGGAAGGUGAUCGAUAUUAUAAUGAACGACCCAUCUAUGGGUGAUCAAACUAACAACAUGGGUUUCUUGAAAUCGAGCGAGGACUUGUCCCUAGUGGCUACCGAGACUGAAACGGGAGACAAUAAGAAUCUAGACGUUGAUCAGAUCAUGGCCUUUGGUCCCGAUAUCACAGCUGAGCAAUGCAGUAUGGCGAAUGUCGCCGAUAUCGGGCAUAACGUGGAGGAGAUAUUACAGGUCAUUAAUUCGAUUGAGGGCGCUGAUAACGCCGGUAACAUUGCCGCUGAGAGCGGCGAAUCUGUGCAAGGUAACGUCGACAAUGUGUCGGAGAUGUUUCCCAUCCCCGAGGAGGGAUUCGCGUCCUUCGAACGGGAUUUACUCGACGUUGACGUGAUGAGUCUUUGCAAUGAAAAUAUGAAUAUUACGGUUGACACGGUGGACCAACAGCAAAAGUCGAACAGUUUGAAAUUACAACAGGACAUUGUCGCGCAGAAACAAUUCGAGAUCGAGAGGAGAUGCGCUUUUUUAUUGAGAAGACUGAGAAAGCUCCAGGCGAGAGUGGUCGGCAGACACGUGGCUGAGGAGAAUACCGGUGUUAUCGAGCUGGCCCAUCACGGAGUGAAAAAAUAUCUCUUACAAGAGUUGGUCAAUAUCGGCUCCAAGUCCAAUGUGAGAAACUUUCCUGAGAUUAGUGGCAGUUUGCAUUCGUUUCUUAAAAAAAUUGAGAAAAUAUGUGUUGCCCAGACUAACAGUGUUAAUCGUCAAAGAGUGUGUUGUCGUUACUUCGGUGGAGGGUCGCGUGAUAACGCGAAUAGCGGUACGUCCGGCAAUAACGGCAAUCGCCAGCCGGUGUUCGGUACUCCUCAGAUUAAAUUAAAUAGUGAAGAAGUGGAAAGUGUGGCCGGAUCUUUGUCUACGCAGUUACAUGUUGUGGAAUCGAAUCUGGACUCGGAUUGUACAGCGUCAAGUAGUGGUGGGGAAAGUUGCGACGAGAUGCAGACUUUUAACAAUCCGCAUCAACAACCUUUACCUAUAUCCAAAAGAGCGGCAUGGAGAUAUGCACAGGAUCGUGCGGGUGUAGCAUCACGGUGGACCUGGCUGCAGGCACAAAUAUCAGAUUUAGAAUACAGAAUAAGACAGCAUAAUGAUCUGCAGCGUCAUGUCAGGGCCUCAAAGGGCAUGGUUGUUCUCGAAAAUGCGGAAACUGUUAACGGAUACAGUGGCGCUCUACCGGGUUCUACCGGGCGUUACAAUUCGCCCGACGGUGAAUUGCCAGCCAGUAGAACACGUCCGUUUGUUUGGAAUUAUUAUAAAAAGCGAAAGCUCUAUCAAGUGGACAGGCUACACGAGGUUUCGAAACGUGCAGCUAAAGCGUCAACAGUGAGAUGCAAUUGUGAUCAUGUGUUGCCCGCAUGUGCUUUAUGUACAGGAAGGCUUGAUCCAAUGCAGCCGCAAGAACCAAUUGAACAACUUUCUGUACAGCAACGUGUAGCACUUGUUGAUCCUUGUUUUCAUCCGGUGUUGUCAUUCCCUGAUGAAAUUGUAUAUGGAACUCACUUAGAAGCUAUUAUGAAAUCGGUGGAGUGGCAGCAGAAAAUGUUGAGAGGUAAUGUGCGAGUUCCUCGAGUAAAAGAUAAAGAUAGCAACGAAAGAAGAAACAAAAAACUUCCUAAUAGAACAAAAUAUACCGCGCGAUUAAAGAAAUCAUCCUCAACCAUUCUCACAGCAACAGGGAUCAAGAGAAAAAUGUUGAAAAAUGGCAAAAGAAACAGAAUUACUCACGACAAAAAUGUGCCUGGAUUAAACAAGAAAAAAUUAUCGAAAUUGCCAACUGAGGAUGAUGACGACAUUAGUGCACUAUCAAGUUCCAGCAAACACUCAUCCCCAGUGCCUUCUCCAUUGCAACAUGUUACUGCCUCGGAGAAAAAUACUGUUAAAGAGAAAAGUUCCAAUUCACAUGGGCGUUUGCGACAGAAUUCGUACGACAUUGACAAUAUAGUCAUCCCCUAUAGCGUCGCCGCUUCAACUAGGCCUGAAAAAUUACAAUACAAAGAAAUUUUAACACCAAAAUGGAGACUGUGCGAGGAACCGUUGAAAAUGGAAAUGAAGAACGGUGUGAUGCACAAGCCUGAUCAGGAUAGUGAUUUUGAAGAUAUAUCAGAUGAGACGAUUGCUUUGAGGCAUGAGCGCAGCGAACGCGAGGAGUAUAAACGUUUCAUGACGUACAUGCCAAAUCAGACGCGUAUUCGUCAUAAUCGUCGUAUUGACAGCAGAGCAGACAGUGGUGCGAACACGCCAGAUCCUAUGUCGCCGCACGCGAGCAGUGACUUUGGUGGAGAUAUGAUGUCACCUUUCACGUCUCCACCUGCCACUCCGUCUCAAGUGCAGGACACAGAGACCUCAGGUUUGGAUUCGCACCGACCGUCUGCUUUACAAAAUUCUUUACGACGUCGUACCAUGUCCGCAUUAAAAUUAGGAAAAGACGAUGCUGCAACGACUGCAUUUGCCGAAGAUGAAAACGAGAUUGUACCGUAUGAGCCCAGAGUAUUCCCAUUAUCUGAGGAAGCUUAUGACAAAAUGUUGGAAGUGAUGCCGGAUGGACACUGGCAAGCUUCGUCGACGUCUUUAUGCUCCCGCGACGGUGACAAGGGCGAUGAUGACGGAGAUUUGGAUUCGCCCGAAUCGGACUCGACCGAAUCGGCUUGUUGCGAUAUAGACGGCGAAGAUCCCAAUGAUCCCGAAUGGACAGUAGCUGACGAUAGGGACACCGAAAAGGAGAGAAUACGUCCGACGGCUAAGAGAUAGGAUAUAAAACUUUUAAUAAAAAUAGUGAGUAGUAUGUUAACUCUGAAAGAGAGAGAAGAAUGGAAUCUCGUACAAAAAAAAAAUAAAAAAAUAAAAAAAAAAAGGAUUGAGUGGUUUUGUACAAAAAACUGUAUUUAUGUUACAUCAUGAUCAGCUCUUCACUUUAAAAUAAAAGUGCCAACUGAAAUGUUCUGUAGCACUGUGUACCUUCCAAAUAUAAUUUUGUGCUUUUUUUUUUCUAUUUUGUGAGGAAUGGAUAAAUUACUACAGCCUGUGUGACUUUUUAGAUAAAUGUUAACACACUGCUUAAAUGUAUGUUAAAUAAUUUUAUGGUUAUGUGAAAACUUGUAUUUAAACAAAUCCCUGUAUAUAUAUAUAUAUAAUUGUUUGUCAUUUAUAUAAAAUUCUUGCACCUGAUUUUGCAAGUGUUGUAAUUUAUGUAACAGUCAAAAUCAGUUUAAGUAUAAUGUUAUAUAAUAAUAAUACAAGAAUUUUUUUUCUUUUUUUUUCUUUUUUUUUUAGCGUUAAUAAUUUUUAUUUGUCAUAUGACCGAGUUGUGUCUUAAGAUAUUACUAUUUACAUUUUAUACAGGUAAGAAGACAUUUAUAAAAAAAAAAAAAAAAAAAAUUAAAAUUAUGUACGCAAGAGGUGUAAAUUCAUGUAUUAUAGAAAAAUAUUCUUGACAUAUAUAUAAACGUGUGCAUUUGAAUUAAAUAUAAGUAGGAACAGAAACUUGCUUGUCUUAAAACCAUACUUUCAGUUUAAAAUACUAAUGCUCUGUAUUUUGACUGUUAUGUUCUUUAUCAUUGGUAUUAUAACCUGUGAACUUAUAAAAAAAAAAAAAAAAA